AUGGAAGAAGAGCUGCCUGCACCUACUGAUGAAAAUGUUGAUGAGAGAUACCAUUUUACGUCUCUUAUUCUAAACUUGGUUAACACAUUUUUGUAUAUGGUCAAUACAUAUAUCAUUGUCCCUACAGCUGAUGAUUACUCUAUGCACCUUGGGGCUGCACCAACGGUCUGUGGUAUUGUGAUCGGCGCAAUGGCCGUGGCUCAGCUGUUUUCCUCUGUAUAUUUCAGUGCAUGGUCAAAUAAAUCAUACUUCAGACCUCUUGUAUUCAGUAGCAUAAUUCUUUUUCUCGGGAAUACCAUGUAUACCUUAGCGUACGAUUUUAAUUCAAUAUGGAUUCUCCUAAUUGGCCGUCUUUGCUGUGGAUUUGGUUCUGCCAGAGCCGUAAACCGGCGCUACAUCAGUGAUUGUGUGCCUUUGAAAAUCCGCAUACAAGCAUCGGCAGGUUUUGUUAGUGCCAGCGCUCUUGGAAUGGCCUGUGGUCCUGCAUUAGCUGGCUUACUGCAGACGAAUUUUAAGAUUUACAAUGUUACAUUUAAUCAAGAUACUUUGCCAGGGUGGGUUAUGACUAUUGCUUGGCUUAUUUAUUCAAUAUGGCUGUGGAUCUCUUUUGUGGAACCUUCUCGUGAAUUUGAAGAGGACCGUAAAACAGAUAAAUCUCAGAAAUCUAAUGCUGUAGAAGACAGUGAUGCACUUGAAAAGGGGCUACAGCAACCAUUGCUGAUUACUUCGGAAGAUAAGGUAGAUGAAGAUGCUGAUCAGGAUAAUGAUGAUAGCGAGGAAGCUCCAGAGGAAUCUCGUCAGCCAGCCACUUCAAUUGGAUCGGCAUAUAGACUCCUUACACCUUCUGUAAAGGUUCAAUUAUUGAUAUAUUUCAUGCUCAAAUAUGUGAUGGAGAUUUUACUAGCAGAAUCUAGUGUCAUCACAACAUACUACUUUAAGUGGUCAACUGGCACAAUUGCCAUUUUUCUUGCUGGCCUUGGUUUGACAGUUCUUCCUAUAAACAUUAUUGUUGGAAGCUAUGUAAGCAACUGGUUUGACGACAGGCAAAUUCUGUUGGCAUCAGAAAUCAUGGUUUUAAUUGGCAUAGUCUCGGCCUUUCAUGUAAUCAUUCCAUACUCUGAGCUGCAGUACAUCUGUUCAGGUCUUCUCAUGUUUGUUUCUGCUGAAGUACUUGAAGGUAACAUUUUACUAACAUUUAUCAUGUUAUCUAGGAUGAGCAAGUUUCAUCUAGGUCACUUAUGUUCCUUAGCAUGA